AAUAUUCCUAGACUGUUGGCACAGUGCAGUCUGCAGCUCAGGAUUAGCCAAGAUGUCUUGAAGCAUGAAGUAAAUCUUCCUGCUCUAUGCAAAAGGAGCUCUGUAAAUCUGCACUGUUAGACCCUUGAGCAGCACUGCCUUUUAUAAAAGCAUGUUCUGUGUUCAUGUGUGUUAACAUACGUGGUGUUGCCGUGUGUUUUAAGUUUAUGUAAUGCUCUUUAUAGCUCUUUUAUGUUUUGACUUUUGAGAUGAGGUCUCGCUGUAUUGCUGGACUGGUCUUGAACUCACAAUCCUUCUGCCUCGGCCUCUGGAGCAGCUGGGAUUGCAGGCCUGGACUGCUGUGCCUAACUUACAGCGCUUAUUUUACUCUGCACUACAUCCCUGGAUAUUGGUUGGAGUUGGGAACCGUUUUACCUUAAACAUCAAACUGAUAUUAAAUGAUGAGGAAGUCACUGGUUGUUUCAAGACCAAAGUGAAGCCAGGAGACCUUCCUUUCCUGUUGAUGGUUUGCUUAGAUGGCUGCCUCUUCAAAGGAUGCUGCUUCCUAGAUGAGCCCAGCUAAUGUGCAGAUCAGCUUCAGUUAGACCCAUGCCUCUUUGGGUUCCUCCCACCAUGUGGGGUCAUGUUAUCAGGUGUCUCAUGGAAACACUGUUGGAUUCACUCCGUAAGUUCCAGGCUGCUGUCACCACUGUUGAUGGCUUUGAGGCAAAGGAGAUUUGAAUGGGGCAGCUUCUUAAUAACCGCUCACUCUUAGUCACUCUACACUUUGGUCUUCUAGCUAUUCUUGUCCAGUUGCUGAGUUGUGUCUUUCUGACCGUGGUGGUGCUGAUGUGCUGAGGAUGGAGUAAAUGAAGCAGAUGAACCUCAUCACUGGAAAACAACGCCUAGUAAAAAGGGCUCCUUUCUCCAUCAGUGCCUUCAGUUACAUCUGUGAAAAUGAGGCCAUCCCCAUGCCAACACACUGGGAGAACGUGAAUACAGAAGUUCCCUACCAGUUGGUCUCCCUGCAGAACCAAACGCAUGAAUAUAAUGAAGUUGCCAAUCUCUUUGGCAAAACAAUGGAUCGGAACCGAAUUAAAAGGAUUCAAAGGAUUCAAAACUUAGACUUAUGGGAGUUCUUUUGCAGGAAGAAGGCUCAGCUCAAGAAGAAGAGAGGAGUCCCCCAGAUCAAUGAGCAAAUGCUGUUCCACGGCACCAGCAGUGAGUUUGUGGAAGCGAUUUGCAUUCACAACUUUGACUGGAGAAUCAAUGGUGUACACGGUGCUGUCUUUGGAAAAGGAACCUAUUUUGCUAGAGAUGCCGCAUACUCCAGUCGCUUCUGCAAAGAUGACAUCAAGCAUGGUAACACGUUCCAGAUUCACGGGGUCAGCGUGCAGCAGCGACAUCUGUUCAGAACCUAUAAAUCCAUGUUCCUUGCUCGAGUACUAAUUGGGGAUUACAUAAACGGAGACUCCAAAUACAUGCGACCUCCUUCCAAAGAUGGGAGCUACGUGAAUCUGUAUGACAGCUGUGUGGAUGACACCUGGAACCCAAAGAUCUUUGUGGUGUUUGAUGCCAACCAGAUCUACCCCGAGUACUUGAUAGACUUUCACUGACCCCGCUUUCCAGGUGACCCCGCUUUCCAGGCUCUGGUCAAAGCUUUGCUCUCUCAUUGCAGGCGGAUUUGGCCCCCUGUCUUCUAGCCGCUAAAUAUAAAUAUUGGAUACUUCUGAAACAGAUGUGGGAAAGUUGCGGCUGCAUAUGUAAAGAAGUACCAGCUGUCAGGUUGGUUAUGUGUUGUUCUGCUUCUGUCAGUUACAGUUUUGUUAAGACCAAUACUGUUGCCAUUUUAACAUAUAGCAAUGAGAGAUGCCACUUAAAACCAAAUGGGUUGAGUCUCAUUACCGAAGCCAGGCGGUCUUUAAGUUCACAUGUUUGUGAUCAGGUCAGGUGAUUAUAGUUUGUGCUCCCUGUUUGGAGAACUGGCCCUUGAGUUUUGACAUUAUUGUCUGUCAAUGAGCAUGUCCCUUUGUUGGUCUUCUGAAGUGGGGGAGGCAUUUAAAACCCUGAAGCAGCCAAGCUAGCAGAAGAGAGACCAAGACAGAGGGCUGCAGUUCCCACCAUUCUCACCUACCUCCCACAGGUGAGCUGACCACGGCUGCCCGUGGUCACCAGCUCAUAGUUCAGCCCCCAUUGCUCUGUGGUUCCUGCCCCCAAAAUGUUUAUCUUCUCUUUGUUUUCCAGGCCCUGCAGUGAUCAUUCCUAAGAGGCUUUAUCUGUGUCUGUCCAUGCUCCCCCUCCCCCAACACACACCUAUAGCUGUUCCAUGGUGAUCCCUAAAAUCCACAUGUCUUAGUAGUUGGGUAUCUCUGUUUUGAAUGAUUGUGGAGAGUAUGGGAUGCUGGGAAGAAGUCUGGUCUCUUUAGAGUAGUGACUGACAGUUUCCAAUGCCCGAACAGCCGUCCAACUUAGAGUUGUGCUCAUGGCUUUGUGUGUCUCUUUGCUUACCUGCUUUGCUGUCUUGAAGAUGAAGUGGACAGCACCAGCUUCUUGCUCGUCGGUAUAUAGCAGAGGUAAGACAACACCCAGGCGUGGUGCUGUCUAGGUGUUCAAGUAUUAGACAAGGAGCUGCCUGUCUGAUCGUCUUCCCAUUGCUUUUUCCAUGGUUCCUCAUGGGGAAAGAUCACUCCCCAAGCUGUUCACCCAGAACCUUUUCCUAACUCUCAACACUGCGCUUUGUCUCUGUUGUCUCACCCAGCUUUGGCUGAGAGAAAGUGAGCACAAUUUAGCAUCUAGAGCCUGUGCCCAUAUUGUUCUCUUCUACCAUUUGAAUUGGGAAGCACCUCGAAAGAAUGAAUACAUGGGUAGAAUAUGAUUGGGGAUGGCGAUUCUUUCAGCUUGGUAUAGCGCCAGAUUUUCCUUAUAGCCCCGAAUACGUGUAACAGCACAGUGGGUACAUAAACAGCACACGGGAAGCUGUGUGCACAAUCCUUUGGGAGCUCUCUGGCAGUAAUGACUUCCUGGCUCCAAUGUGUAGGUCCACUAUUGGUUUAAGAAAGGACAGAAAGGACACAUUUUAAAGCCAUCAGUGGUCACUGCAGCAGUGCCUGGAGGCAAAUUGGCUAGACUACCUACCUUCUCACCAGAACCAUUGUUAGAGGCAUUCGGCAUUCAGGAUCCAACAGUCUCUGCUAGCUAAGUUCAUGCGAAGUAUUGGAGCCCCUCUUCUUUCUAGGCAUCUCCCCCGUUGUCCAUGCACACUUCUCUCAAUACUUGAAUGACUGUUGUAGUUGGGGUUGUUUCCUUUUAGACUUGUGUAUCCGUGUCAAGGUGACUGAGAAAGUAGGCAGUCUGUACAAUCGGUCUCCUUCGUUGGUUUGCAUGAGGAAGGCAGGGCACAUCCCAGGGCAGCCACCAGGCAGCCCUGCAUUGGUGCUGGACUGCCAGCCCCUUUUACAGGAAAGAUGUGAUUUUGAUACAUGUUUUAAAUAUAAUAACAUAGAAUUCACUCAUGUUAAACUUUAACUUGUUUUGUCUGAUAAAUGUAUAGUAGAGCAUUGUUUUCUCUGCUCAUUGAGUCCACUGGGAGGGAGAGUAAGGGAAGCUAUUGCAUAGAGAUGAGCUGUGUUACAAUGGUGGCUGAAUAAAUUCCAUUGAGUGCAAACUUGUCUUUUCCCUGUGUGGAGUCUAGACUUGGGGUAAAAAGAAUUGUGUUUAUGGAAAACAUUUUCCUAAAUCUUUUAUCUCCCACCAGGAACAUUGAGAUUAGUGGAUCAUUUUAUUUCUAGACUGGUGGUGGUGGCAGUGACAAUGGAGAAUUCCUAUAUUUAAUGUCUUGAGUGUAUUGUUUCCACAAUUGUUGAUUAAAGUUUUCUGUAUCUGGACUU